UCGCGCAGUUCUGGGACACGAAGGUUUAGCACGAUCCGGCUAGCAGCGCUAAUGCGAUAAUACUUUCUACAAUCGUAUUUUAAAUAAUUUCUCUAUAAAACUAUGUAUUGCUCGUUUUCUAAUAAAACUGACAGUGAUUCGUGACGUAAGGCAGAUACUGUAGAAACUACAAAAUAUAAGUAGUGUAACUUUUUCAAAUAAAACGAAGACUGAUUUUACAUUAAAAAAAAAAAGCGCGUUCAACACAAAUAUAAAGUGUCUCAAUUUUCGUUAAGAGUGACUUGAUACGUAGCUUGAUUCACUGUGCGAUAUGCGAUUGUUUCCGAACGUCAACUAGGUGUCUUCCACGAUGGAACUGUAUGCACGAAUAUCUAUCCUAUGUUUAUUGUGCGUCGCGCGCGCGUCCGUGGUGCCGCCGGAGGAAAUCGCCGAAAUCAGAGCGUUGACACACGUCAGAGAUUUUUCAAAAAUUCCUAAGCAGGAACCCGAUGGCCUCGACCGACAAACCACGGAGAAUCCUCGCGACAAGAGAGCCCUCGGUCUUCUACUGUCAGGCCUGGCCCAGAUUUUUGGAUACACGAUAACUCCAGUUCAAUUCGCCACGCUGCCAAACCCGAAUGUCACGCAACCUGCCACAACAUCCAACGCGUCCAAGAUGCUUGCGAAGCAACAAGCUGCAUCUUCCCGGCCUGGGAAUACCACAGUGCCGAGGCAGCAAGAAACAAUCAGAUUCACCGGCGUGCUGAAUUUCGGCGGUAAUAAUACGGACAUUCUAGGACAUCUUCAGCGAUACGAGCAGCUCUUUCAUGGUAGAAAUAAUACGAUAACGGCGUCGCGACCUUCAAUGCCUCCUGCGAAGAUUUCCGUGGAUCCGCAAAUGAGACCGCCGUUGUUAGCACCGUUCUUCGUCAAGAUCCCGUUGCCGAUCGCGCCCGAUCUUCUGCCACUGGAGCCUGUUGAAAAUCUCGAGUUGUCGAAUCCCCCCCCGUUGAUUUCCAUGGGUGACUCAAAAGAGAAUACGGAAGCGCCAGUUCGGAAAGAGCAAGAGCCGGUAUACAAGAAUAACGAAGAUACGGAACAAUAUACGGUAAAGGAAAAAGACAUCAAUAAUGAAAAGGACGUAAAAAAGCCGACAAGCAAAUCUAAUCAUCGAUUAUACGUCAACGAGCAGAAACGGAACAAGCAGCAAGACGACAGGCGCAAUGAACUGCAACGUAAAGAAGAGGAACGCAUCAAGAAGCUAAAGCAGGAAGAGGAAGAGGAAGAGAGGAACCGCGAUAAAGAUGCUCAUUACAAUAAGGAAGAGGUGGAUGAGAGAUACAGGAAUCGUGAGGAGAAGAUCGCUGAUCGAAAUCGAGACCGCGCUUCCCAGCAGCAAUCAACGGAAGAGAGAAGACCACCAGCGCAUGACGAUGAAGAAGACGAAGGCUCCGCGGAGAGAUACAAGGAGUACGUCAGUCGGGAGAAUCUUUCAGACGAGUCCCCGAAGCAACCGCCAAGCAAGAAAGAGGAAGUCGAAGACUAUCCAAAUUACGACGAUGAUUCUAGCGAACAGUUUAACGGAUACAAGCAACCUGUGGAUUUGGACAAGUACGUAGAUAUAGUUUACAAUCGGCAAUUGCCUAUCGGCGAUUACUUCCACGAGCGUAAUCCUGAAGUGAUCCGCGACAGCUACGGCGAGGUACUGGACAACAAGAAACUUGAGGACGACAGAAUCGCCGGCUACAUAAACAUGUUCAAACAACCGUAUGUUCAAGAUGACGCGUAUGAUUCGCAAAGAGGUCACAGCCCCGAAGAUGCGUCGAGGGAAGAGAAUGAAAAAGAGACAUCUGCCGAGGACGGCUACGAUGAGCAUUUGAUUAGGCUGCAAAAGCUCAGGGAAGAAUACGCCUUACCGGAGAAUAAGUACGAAGAAUACGAUUUAAAUGAAGAAAGCGAAGAGGAAAGAAAUGACAGAGAGAGCGAGAGGGCUCGAAACCGUACGUCGGUAAGAGCUAAAGCGCCGGCAAGACCUGUAACAGGACGCGGUAAGGAAAAUGGUCGCGCGAGAAGACCGACUGAAUCGAAUCGAAACGAGGCCGUGAGAUUGGAGAACGCGAAUUCACAGGAAGCCGAUUACGCGAGAUACAUGCCUCUGAUUGUGCCUAUACGUUAUAUCGACGCGAAAGACAAGAUGCAGCAAGCAACUACGCGACAAUUGAAGUACAAAGAGACAGAUAAGUCGACGGACGGCGUUCAGUAUAAAGAAGGUAAAGUCAGUCCUGCGCAAACGGUCUUCAACGAGAAGCUAGCUCCGCAGAUUGGUUUGCCUGAGAGACCACGGCAAUUGUACGAAGGCGAGCACAAAGAAUUGCAGGUAUGGCCGCCGCCAUUCGACUACGCCUACGAUAAUACGGAACCGGUGAACACCAUCAUUUCGCCGAAUCCACAGAACUAUUACUCACGGAACUAUGCUCCGAAUUAUUACCAACAUGUAAAAGAGGUUGCGGCACAAGACGCAAAGGACAAGUCUACGGAACAACCUUCCGGUUACCUCGUGGUCGUUGGUAAUCCGGCGUAUCCGUAUCGGUAUCCCUACAACAUUUAUUAUUUCUCCAACGAAGCUGUAAGCUCGCGAAGUCAAGAGCCUCAUCUACACGCCGAAGUUACACGUCCGCGAGACCAAGUCUACAUUGCUCAGCAAAGCGCCAGUCAACAGAUCGUCCAAACGAAACCGAAUAUCACUGAAUACAAUCUGAAUGAGACCACGAAUAGUCCUCCCUCUCAGGAUCACUACUAUUAUCAAUCUCAGGUAGUUCCAGCAAGCGCUCUCGAUCGUUACAGAUACACUUUUGGAGAACGCACUCCGCAAGUCAAAGAACCAUUUAGUGUCGACGUAAGAAGUCAAAUUCUUAACAACGGCUUACCAACGGUGGAAAAUUGGUCAAACAGGAUAUAUCGAACGCAGUCACCAAGCAAUACGAUCGAGGAACCUCCUCGACCAGUCUACGUACAUUUACAGAAUAUUGCAUCUUCAAAUCAGAACGCGCAAAACGAACCGUCAGAAAGGCCGCGUUAUUCGCGGCUGGUAAGAAGACGAAAGAGUUUGCAGUCAGAAAACUAUCGCAAGGACGAUGAAGAGGCAGAGACCCCGCAACCGAUCCUGAAGAAUGUGCAGCCAGAAGAUCACCGCGAAGACGACAAAGAGGCAAAGACCCUCCCGCAACCGAUCCAGAAAAAUUUGCGGCCAGAGGACUAUCGCAAGGACGACGAAGAAGCAGAGACCCCCCAACCGAUCCUCAGGAGCAAGACAUUUGACGAUCCCCAGAGCGCGCAUGAUUUCUUCGGUUUCAGCAAGGAUGAUUAUAACUUUGAAAGCGAAAGCAGCGAAGCAACGAAAGUUACCGAAGAGAAUGGCAAAACUGCGGAGGAAUCGGUCGUGCUUGAUGCACCGGAACCGCCCAUUUAUCACUACGAUGACGAAAGUUUCGUGAAACACACCGAUGAACUGGAAAAUGAUCCAGAGAAAGCCAAAGUCACGGAGUAUCGAAACAAAGUGGCGACCUUGAGAGUGUCAGAACAGAGACAAUUAAAGCCGAAUGGACCAAUCCACUAUGUGGACUUUACACGCAAUAUCUAAUUAUAACGUUACGUGCAAAUGAUUCAAGUAAAUUAUUAAUAUGCAACGAAGUGUUGUUGAUUCAUUAAUUCACGCAAUUAAUAAUUAAUUAACCUAUUUCA